ACUCGAAUCAAGUGACGUUUGUAGUAAUGUGGAGUUAUCAAUUUCUGCUGUGUGCGUCAUGGCAGAUAGUGUGUUUCCAGUUAUUAAAACCUAUGGAAAGAGGAGGCCAGACAGGGGCAAUAUAUAUUGCAGGAAUGGGGAUGUCAAUUCCAUCUUCCAAGGAAUGACACGAAAAUCCGUCUUCCAGGACUCUCCAGUAGCCAGAAGUAAUGUUAUAGGAACUGGAUUUGGGUUACGUAUGGGACAGACUGGUUGUGGGUUCCAUGUUGAUCACAAAGCAUACAAACUUGGUAAAAAAGUUCAUGUUGAACACACUGAAGUAACCCAAUCUUCCACAAGUGGAACAGAGAGAUACACAGAAGACACAAGUGCCAUGAUAGCUGAGUGUUUAGGUGACUCUGUGGUACAAAAAAGUAGUGCUAUGAUUGUAGAUGUCUGUGACAGUGCUGAGAGUGGUGUGAAGGUCACGGAUGCGUACAACACGGAGGACUGCUCCUCUCAGAUUAGUAACCAGUGUCCUGAAAACAGUGACAUGUGUACAGAUGCCAGUGACCAGAGUAACUGUUCCGACAUUGACCAGACAACAAGCGAAGAUACCAGCUUUGAGGACAGUGAACCGAGCAUUGAAAUUCUUCGUAAACAGUUGGAUCCUGUCAAGUCCUGUCCAGUUCAAUCUCCACUGCAUCUUUUGGCAAUGCCCCAGAAUUCCAAGAGCAGAAGAGACUUGCCAUUUGUAUUGUCAAGGAAAAUAUGUGGACAAAAUCACCUUUCUGUUCCUCACUUCUCCCAGGUGUUGAAUCCAAGAGCAUUGCGCUUCACAGGUUAGAUCUGUCACCUAUUGUACAACCUCCAGGAAAUGUCAUAAAUUCACAGGCCAAAAAGUGUGGAACUGAAAGAGUGGAAGACCUACAAAACAAACUGGAGAAAACACCAUUGCCUUUACCCAUUUCAAAUUCAGCCACAACGCCUUGCAAGCUUUCUAAGUUUGGUUCAUCAAAUACUAGGAAGACAAAAGCAGCUUGCUCUACUCUUCUCUUUACAUCGAAGUACAAAGAGCUGGAAAACUAUUUUCCUUGUGUAUCAGAAGUUCAGGGUGAUGAUGAACUACAAAGUCAAAUGGGCUUUGGGGAGCUUUCUGAGAGUUUUUCGGUGGAGAUAGACUUUGUCAAGACUUCAGACAAGCAGCAGCCAAAAGUAGUGAUGUCCAGUUCUCCUUGUGUGCCACAACAAGAUAAAAAGCUGCUUUUAGAUAAGGGUUCUGAGAAGAUAGACCUGUUUCACAAUGAUUUGUCUUCCAUCAAACAUGUGUCUCCUCUUGCUGCAGACUUUGCCAAGCAUUUAGACAAGCCAAACUAUAAUGUAGUCACAUCCAGUUCACCUUGUGCCCCAACACAGAAAAUGUUGGUUAGUGAGACCAAGAGCUCCAAAAAACUGAAUUUUCUGGUGAACAAUAAUUUGUCUUCCAUCAAACAGAUUGUUCCUACUGCUGCUGAGGACAGGGAUGCUCCCCAGCCUACAACAGUUCACCCUGACCUCGUGGACUUAACACCACCUACAGAGCCCAUCCCGCUGGACUGUCUAUGUAUACCCAUAACAGCAGCUGAUGCCAGUGAUGAAACUCAGUCAGAUAAAAUGUAUACAAAGAAGUUAAAACAGAAAAAAUGUUCACUUACAGAACCAAUUCUAGUGGAUGAUGUUUGUGAAUCCGUAAAAGAUUCAGCUGUUACAACUUGGGCCAGUAAGCAAAGGGUGCCUGAUAAUUUACAUACCAAGACAACAAAACAUAAAAAGCCUGCAUCUGUUCAGAAUUCAGACAACAAUUUCGCAGUAACAAAGAUCAUUCCUAAGAAUGAAAAAAAGACAAAGGGCAAAGCAGCAAUGAAACGAAAGGCUCCCCCAUUGUGUUCCAUUAUAACAUUGAAGAAAUAUUGUGUUAAGCAGUGUCAAGUUAUGAUGUACAGGACCCCUCUUCCUGGAAAGGCUAGAUCAUUCCCAAGAGAUGUUUUGUUGCAAGAUUUUUAAGUCGUGAUCAAUUAAGACACAAUGAUUCUUUGAAAAAGAGAACAAAAAUAAUACCUUAGCUUCAUAGUUGAAAUGAGGAGAAUUAUUUUCCAGGUGCUAUCUUGUUUAGGGUGUGCUAAAUUGGGAUUAAUAUUCAGUAUUUUGAUUCCAUAAUAUAAGGACUUACAAUGUAUACUGAUGUUUGUGUGCAGAGAAAAGUAUGUAUUUAUCAGAUUUGUAAUUUAUUUGUUAUGUAUUGUGCAAUCAUAUUUAUAAUCAUCACAAAUCUAAUGUAGAAGCCAAGGUCUUGUUUAAUAUAUGUAAUAAUAAUAUAAUAUGUAAACAUGUACAUUGCUAGUUUAUAUAUGAACAGUAAUCACUCUUAUAUAGAUAUACACAAUUUCUCACCUGACCACAGUUCAAAUAUCUUACAUGCGAGCUUGUUUUCACAAGUUAUUUUCUAUGUUUGUAUUCACUGAAGUUACUUUUUGUUCAGUUUUUUGUUGAGUGUAAAAUUUCCA